CCGACGCAGACCUACGCAAAAUCUGGCUGCCUUGCAGCGUGAGUCGACGUCGACUCACUUCGACGUGCGAAUUCUUGCCUCGCACCACCGCUGCUGCGUUUCCCCUUCAUUCCUUUGCUUGCAAUGAGGGCUUGGUAAAUGAACGCAAGCCAUGCGUUCAUGGAUUGAUAGGGAGGGUUAGGUUUCGGGUUUUUGAAGGAGGGGUUGGAGGGAGUGGAGGUGGAGGAUUUUGAUAAAGAAGUUGAUGUUUUUGGAUUGCGGCAGGGAUGUGAGGCGGAUUGGUGUGCUGUUUUCAGGACAUCUGCUGAUGAGAAGUCGGGGAUUAAUGAACACUUGAGUGGAUCGUUAGGUAUUGCAGGAUUUUUGAGUUAGGGAGUAGUGGCGAUGGCGAGUAGCACGAUUAGGGUGGGUGUCGUAGCUGGUGCGAUCGCGUCGGCUUCAGCUGUGCUUGCUAGUAAUCCUGCGUCCACUCAAAAGAGUUUCGGGUCAUUGUUCGGUUUGUCCUCUUCUGCUCCAGCACUGGAAAUUCCAGCUCCUGUGCAGGAGCAACAAGAGAAGCCUCGUAAUGGUGCUCCACGUACCUCGGCUGUGCAUACUGGUAAUCCUGCGCCGACUGGGAAGAGUUUCGGAUCAUUGUUCGGUUUGUCCUCUACUGCACCAGCACCGGAAAUGCCAGCUCCUGCGCAGGAGCAACAAGAGAAGCCUCGCAAUGAUGUUCCGCGUACUUCUGCCGCUGGCUUUGAUCCUGAGGCAUUGGAGAGAGGUGCCAAAGCGCUGCGAGAGAUUAAUGCGUCGGUUCAUGCGAAGAAUGUGUUUGAGUUGAUGAAGAAGCAGGAAGAAACUAGGCAGGCCCAAGAAAACUCCCGUAAAGCCGAGUAUCUAGCCAUGCAGGCUCAACGCGACACGGAGCGACAAAGGGUGAUGUAUGAGGAGCAGAUUAAACUGGCCCAGCAACAAGCUAAUUCCAAAGCCCAGCUGGCUCGCUACGAAGACGAACUUGCGCGCCAGCGAAUGCAGAGUGAGCAUGAAGCAAACAGGCAACGAAAUCAAGAGUUGGUGAGGAUGCAGGAAGAAGCAGCAGUGCGACAGGAGCAGAUUCGACGGAAAACCGAAGAGCAGAUUCAAGCACAAAGGCGUCAAACAGAGAAGGAGAGGGCUGAAAUUGAGAGGGAAACCAUUCGAGUCAAAGCAAUCGCAGAGGCUGAAGGUCGAGCUCAUGAGGCUAAGUUGGCUGAAGACGUGAAUAGAAGACUUCUGGUUGAUCGUGCUAACGCGGAGAAGGACAAGUGGCUUGCUGCUAUUAAUACUACAUUCGGUCAUAUUGGAGGCGGAAUAUACGCAGUACUCACUGAUAAGCACAAGCUUCUUGUUGCUGUUGGAGGAGCUACUGCCUUGGCAGCUGGAGUAUAUACUACUAGGGAGGGAGCUCGUGUAGUGUGGAGUCAUAUUGAUCGAAUAUUAGGGCAGCCGUCUUUAAUUAGAGAAUCAUCGCGAGGCAAAUAUCCUUGGUCAGGUAUUAUUAAGCGCAAAAGCAGCUCUCUUACGGGAGCCGGUGGCACCCCAGCUGUUGGAGGGGCUGCCGAGAGGUCAGAAGCUAUGAAGAGUGGGCAAGGGUUUGGAGAUGUGAUACUCCAUCCGUCAUUACAUAGCAGGAUUCGACAGCUAGCUUCAGUAACAGCUAAUACAAAAUUACAUGCGGCUCCCUAUCGCAACAUGCUUUUCUAUGGGCCACCAGGAACUGGAAAGACUAUGGCAGCCAAAGUACUUGCUCAAGAAUCGGGCUUGGAUUAUGCAUUGAUGACAGGUGGUGACGUAGCUCCACUGGGUGCCAAUGCUGUGACAAAAAUCCAUGAACUUUUCAAUUGGGCUGGCCGAACCAGGAGGGGUCUCCUCCUUUUCAUCGAUGAAGCUGAUGCUUUUCUGUGCGAGCGUAACAAGACAAACAUGAGUGAGGCCCAGCGAAGUGCAUUAAAUGCGUUGCUCUACCGCACUGGAGAUCAAUCACGAGAUAUAGUUAUGGUACUGGCCACAAAUCGACCAAGUGAUCUGGAUGCAGCUGUGCUGGACCGUGUAGAUGAGGUGUUGGAGUUUCCACUUCCUGGCGAGGAAGAGCGUCUCAAACUUUUGAAGCUAUAUUUGGAGAGGUACAUUGCCCGAGCUGGGACUCAAUCCCGGGGCUGGCGGAGUUGGUUACGAGGCCGGCAAGAUAAAAUUGAGGUCAAGGGAAUCACAGAAGAGGUCUUGAGGGAGGCUGCACAGAAGACUGAGGGUUUCUCUGGGCGUGAGAUUGCAAAGUUGAUGGCUAGUGUUCAGGGUGCUGUAUACGGAAGUCAAUUAAGCGUCCUGGACGCAAAUAUGUUUAGAGAGGUUGUUGACUACAAAGUUGCUGAGCAUAAUCAGCGACGUGUGCUCACAAGACAGGACGCAGAGGUUAAGGAGCAGCAUAUCCUUUAACUGGGACAAUUGGGUACGUCUGAGACUACAGGAUGAUUCAAUUUUUAAAGUUCAAAUUUUGGAUAUAAAUUGAAGCAUUUCAAACGCCUUGGGUUUCUUUGUCCAAGUGGAUACAUGGACAUGAAUGCACACGUCGAUUUUUCAUUGCUGAUGAAAAAGGAUGACACAUGAAUGUAGACAUGAGGUUGACUAUUUGAUGAGUGGUAUCUUUUAGAGAUCCUUGAUAUCAUGUUUUUUUGCAAGUAUUUAUCACUCAAAUUACUUUACAGAGUGUUUUAUUUUUAUUUUU